ACUCGCACUCCCAGCCAGCAGCCAGCAGCAGCAGCAGCAGACAAGUCAAUAGGCCCCAUGGGGUGAGAGCUGGAGGAAGACAGCUCACAGCCCACGCACGCAAGCAACCUAGCGAGGGAGGGGACGAGAGGAAGGGAAGGGAAGGGAACGAGUCGCAGCCAAGGGGAAAAGAGAGCUGGGGGCGAGGGGAGGACGGAAGAGACAGGAAUAGCAGUAGUGGCGGUAAGUGGAGCAGUGACCCCAGACAUGAGCAAAGCGCAAGGUGCGCUGGGAUCUGUUUUUCUGAGCGCAGGUGUUCAUCGAAGAAGCGGACUAGGCGAGGAGUUGGCGUGCAUUGAGUUUCAGGGGCAGGGAGCGGCAGCAGCAGCAGCAGCAGCAGAAGCAGAAGGAUCAGAAAAUCGAGACUCGUCGGACACGGGCGCACAGACGAGACGCCACAGCAGCCAUCAGCAUUAGCAGUUUGGUUUCCUAGUCGUCAUGGCCGCCCUCUCGGGUCUGGCCUUGGUCCUCUGUCUCUGCCUCUGCCUCGGCGCAGCACCUCCGGGCGCAUCUCCAGCGUUUGCCGCCGCUGCUGGAGCCUCAGCGAACGCCGAUGUCGUCGGCAAUGCGGGCUCGGGAUCCGUCCUGCAGGCGCUGUUGGAAUCGCAGUACUCGGAAUGGAUGGAGCUCGUCGAGCAGGCAGCCAUGCUGCAUCCGCUCGAGGAGCUCGUGGGAUCGGGCAGGAAAUUGACCAUAUUCGCGCCGCAGAACCACCAGCUGCAACCCAAGAUCAAAUCCUUCCUGCUCAAGCCGUCCAAUGCCAUCGCCCUGAAGCGAGUCGUCCAGUACCACGUCCUGUCGGAGCGGGUCACGGCCUCGGAAUGGCCCACCGCUUCAUUCACCACGCUGGCCUCCGAAGCCGUCUGGCUCAGCACGCAAGGGCCCAUCCUGAUGGCGGGCGAUGUCGCAGUGGCCGCCCCGGACGCCAUAAUUCGACCGGACGGCGUGGUCCAUGGCGUGGAGGAGAUGCUCAUUCCGAAUUCCGUCAUGCAGGAGUACGUCGCGCACACCACGCGCAAAAUGGCCACCCCUCUGCCCACAGGAGCGCCGGGAUUGGACACGCGACGAGCGCAGCUCCUCGAGAAGCAGUUCAGCGCAGUGGAAGCGAAGCUGGUGGUGGCCGCCGCGUCGCCCUCGCUGCCCCCAGCAUUGGCGCUGGCGCCUUCGAUCGCCCCGGCGCCAGGCCCUGCCAUGGGCCCCUCGACGGCGCCGUGGCUGGGAUUCGGCGACGACGAGGUGACUACCUUCAUCUCAGCAAUGCUGCGCUUCGGAGGCUACAGCGAAUUCGCAGGGCUGCUGGUCGAUCUCACCUCGUUGGGCUCCGAGAUCUCCAAGCUCGUCAACAUGGGCUACAAGCUCACAAUUCUCGCCCCCGACGACAAAGCGUGGUCGGGCGCGCUGACGGAGGAGCACCUGAGCUCGCAGACGGCGCUUGAGGACAUUCUGCACUACCACAUCAUCACCGAGUACCAGACGGAGGAGAGCUUGUACAGCACGCUGCGGCGCAUGGGCAAGACGCACUUCAGCACGCUCCGCGUUCCCCACAAGCUGGCGGCGCACGAGGUCGACGGGCAGGUGGUGUUCGGCGAGGGCGACGACGCCGCGGGCGUCUUCGACCACGACAUUUUCGCCGACGGCCGCCUCUCCGUGCAGGGCAUCGACAGGGUCAUGAUUCCGGCCGAGCUCAAAGCCACCCUGCCCUCCGACACCACGGUGUCGCCCCCGGCCCCCAAGGUCGUCAAGGCCAAGGCCCGCAACUUGGUCGAGCAAACUCUGCAAUUGCCGGGCUCUUCUUCAGCCACUGUCAACGCUGGUCCCGGGAGCUCGGCGAACGGAGCGACUGUUUGUCUAGCAUUGGCCGCCGGCGCGGCGGUGCUCGUGAACCUGCUUGCACUCUGAGCGAUGAGCGAUGAGUGAUAGGACGGACCGAUUGUAAAGACAAUGGAAGGUGGGCGGGAGGAGGGACGUGGAUGUUAAGCUCUGGCUCGUGGAGUGGAAGCUGAGGAGAAUUGUGAUGCCCCAAAAUCAUCAUCAUCCGGACACUGCGACUGCAGCAACAGCCAAUUAGCAGCAGGGUGUAACUACUACCGCAAGCGACUAGUGUGAGCCGGGUCGUGAGUCUUUCUCUGUGUCAGUCUUUGACCAGGUGUGAGAAAAACGAUCAUCCUCGAUCGAUCGUCCGGAUGCCGAUCACCGCGACCGCGAUUGAGCUCAGGCAAUGAGAUGCUCUUCCUCCCCUCCUUCCUUCCUUACGACGAGAAGAAGAACGACGACGCGAUUGAUGAUUGAUACGGCAGCCUUGGUUUUUAUCUCGAUGUAUGUAAUUCAUAAACGCUGCAGCGAUUUGCAGUGCGGUGCUUCGUUUGUAAAAUAAUUGCUACCAACUGGAGGUCCCAAUUUAUUUUUCGAUUAGAAAUUCAAAAGCUUCGAUUUCAUCUCUCUCGUUCAUCUUCUUCCUGGAUUUUGGACCAGUUCCCUUCCGCAUUCUUGCUCAUUGGAAUUUGCAUAUUGGCCGGCGUCGGACUUCGGAUUAGAUUUGUUCUACUCCUUACUAGCGCAGAAUUCCCCCUCGCAGCCGUGCAACUGUGGCUGCCCCUAUACAGCAGCAGGUAAUGGUCUCUACACCAUCGAAGACCGAGUUGGCAGAAAUAAGUUAAGCGUCAGCUUGCCCACAUUCAUUAGGUUUCCUACACGUGUUGGUCAUUACAAGAUCCAUACAGAAGCGGUACUCUUUCUUUUAUUCGGUGUAAUCCUGAGAUUUACUCUCUGUAGUGCCAUCCUCCUCUACCGUCGACCGCGAUCACGAACCCGGACAGUCGGAAGCUCGUGUCGUGUUUGUUGUAUCCUACGUUCUAUUGAAUUCACGUCAGCUUUCUCUCCUCAUGUCGUCAUCAGCAGUGCCCUGACAUGCGGACAGUUCAGCUAAAUAAAUCUGAUUGCUUAUUUUGUAAUCU